GCGAACACUGAUUUCGCUUCUCUGUCGUCCCCUUAACAUUAAGAUAUUUACUGGAUAUUAAGCCGUGUUAACUGCCACCAUGAAGCUGCUCGGCGUUUCUGUAUGUGCUGUGGUCCUGGCCUUUGCUCUCGCGGGACCUACGAAACGGCCAGAGCACAAAGUAGAGCAGGGAUGUUCGUGGCAGUUGUGCAACGCUACGCAGAAAAUGGAAUUUUGCAGUGGCUGUAUUCAGGGGCUGAUAGAUGAAGGAACUCUCCCGGAGAAGGAACUAUUCAUGUGUUUCAAUAACACAGGAGACUGCCUUGGCUUCCAAAGUGACGAUCUCGCCGAAUUUAGGAACUGCAUGACCAGCGCCAGUGCAAGGCUGGGAGAAUGCAUCGCCAUCCCUGAAGCGGACACAGCGAACUAAUAAGACCCACGGAAACCUACGCCUAGAAACCCUGAUUCCUCGGCCCUUCUGUUGUUCGUAAAUCACUGGGAUUGGGAAUCUGCACUACACUCCUCGGCCUGCCUUAUGUUCGCCUGUAAUAAAGCAUA